AUGGUAAAGGAGACAUUGAGCUUCGUCAUUAUUCGAGCUGGAAAGACCGUUGCUUUGGUUGGAGAAAGCGGGAGCGGGAAGUCAACGGUGAUUGCUUUGCUACAGAGGUUAUACGAUCCAGAUUCAGGUGAGAUCACUCUCGACAGUGUAGAGAUCAAGACCCUAAAGCUAAAAUGGUUGAGACAGCAAACGGGACUCGUGAGCCAAGAACCGAUCUUGUUUAACGAAACGAUCAAAGCCAACAUUGCUUACGGAAAAGGCGGAGAUGCGAGUGAAUCAGAGAUCGUAUCUGCAGCUGAACUAUCAAACGCCCAUGGAUUCAUCAGUGGUCUAAAACAGGGUUACGAUACAAUGGUGGGAGAAAGGGGAAUACAGUUAUCAGGCGGGCAAAAAAAAAGAGUGGCCAUAGCAAGAGCCAUCGUCAAGGAUCCUAAGGUAUUGCUACUUGAUGAAGCUACUAGUGCUCUCGACGCUGAGUCGGAAAGUGUGGUUCAAGAUGCGCUUGACCGGGUUAUGGUGAAUCGGACUACGAUUGUGGUUGCUCACCGGUUAUCGACGAUUAAGAAAGCUGGUGUAAUUGCAGUCGUUAAGAACGGAGUUAUAGUAGAGAAAGGGAAGCAUGAGACUUUGAUCAAUAUCAAAGACUGA